GCCCCUGCGCCCCGCCGGCCUCUCCUCGCGGGAGGUCGGCCUGGCAGGCCGCAGGCUCCGCGGAGCAUGGGGUCCCCUGGAGCAGGCAGUGCUGCUGAGCUGUGCCCGUGAGGGGCGGGAUUCGCGGUGGGCCUGCUCCCUUAAAGCGCUGUUAACGUGCGUUUAGAUAACAGCUUCGCAUCACUUGCUCAAAACCUGUGAGCUGGGUUCUCGCGACGCUUUUGGUGUUAGUUUUUUUGUGCUUCUUGUAACCCAUGGGCGUUUUCAGUUUUAUUCACAAAUAGAAAGCUAGUAACCCAGAAUUAGUCAAAAUGAUGAAUAUAUGAUCAUCAAAUUGGGAUAAUCACAUGUUCAGGACCACGGGAUGCAGAAUACUAGCCUCGAGAUCACCACUGCAGAGCUUUUUUUUUUUUUUAAGUUUUUUAAGGACUUAAAGUGUUUAUGGAACUGAUGUUUCCAUUUUAAGGCAGUGCAGUUAGUAAUGGGAAGAGAGGUGAGCUCAAAUCUGUAUUCUGUUUUUAAGGCUUUUCAUGUUUGUGUAUGACUGUCCAUGGUUGGGUGAAGAGAGACUUUCAAGGAGAUGUUAAUGAAAAAUACUGUAUUGUCACAUGUUAGUGUCAGCCAUACUGCUUUAAAAAAAUGUGCUGAUAGGCAUUUUAUGCUCUAAAUGGCUCAUAAAAGCUGUAUUACAUAUGAACGCUUCCAAAAAUGUUAAUGAUUCUAUUCCAGAUAUGACUAAAUGUUUCCUUAAUGAAAUAUCAGGUACUGUUGCAGUAAUUACUUCUGAUGGAAGAAUGAUUGUGGGAACACUCAAAGGUUUUGAUCAGACCAUAAACUUGAUUUUGGAUGAAAGCCAUGAACGAGUGUUCAGUUCAUCACAAGGAGUUGAGCAAGUGGUGCUGGGCUUAUACAUUGUAAGAGGUGAUAAUGUUGCUGUGAUUGGUGAAAUUGAUGAAGAGACAGAUUCUGCUCUUGACUUGGGGAAUAUUCGAGCAGAACCUUUAAACUCAGUUGUGCACUGAAAAGAUAAAAAUGCACAGGGACUUUGUAAAUCUUUGGUUGUACAGACCUGUUUAGCAAUGUGGACAGUUUUGACAAAUUAUGUUUAAUUUGUUUAGUCACCAGUUUUUUAUUAUGAACAUGUUGUAGUUUUGCAUGUAAAUUAAAGUUUCUACAUUUUGCUAAAGAUA